GCUACUUAACACCAAGCAGAUUCCAUGCCCAUGUGAUGUGUGUUUAGAGUGUAGCCUUCAAAGUGUUUGGGCAAGAGCGGUUAGUCUUAUUGUUGCAAGAGCAGAGACAGACUCCGGGCGAAGUGUGACACACUUGACUGCUUUAUUUUAUUUUACCAACAAAGCGGAUUUUUAGCGUUUGUGGUGAUGUAGCGUUAGCAUGUCCCGAAUUCAUCCAUCCGGACUUCAGUCAGUAAUCCCGUAAAAUUCAGCUGGAUGCUGACAGUUGCUUGGGUGGGGCUGACGCGGAUGACAGUACACGGGAGCUGAGCGCAGGGAUAACACAGAUCGUAAAGCACCGAUCGUGGGCGGUUGGUAAAGCCAUGACUAAGCCCGAGUCGAAGAGAAGCAGCGUGGCCGCGAUCAGCCGCACCGACAAGUGCGCCACAGAAGCUUCAUCCGCCGAACAGGUCAACAACGGCCCGGUCGAGCCGGGCUGUCCGAAUCCGAGCACACAGAUCAAAAGCAGUGUGAUAAAGCAAACCUCCAAGGAGAGCCUGCACCGGAGGAACACGGAGUGCGAAGUCUAUGACGACGGAACCAACACCUUUUUCUGGCGAGCCCAUACUCUGACAGUGCUGUUCAUUCUGACCUGCGCUCUGGUUUACGUGACGCUGUUGGAAGAGACCCCACAGGACACGGCCUACAACACUAAGAGAGGCAUUGUGGCCAGCAUCCUGGUUUUCCUCUGUUUUGGAGUGACACAGGCAAAAGAUGGACCUUUCACCAGACCACAUCCAGCUUACUGGCGAUUCUGGCUUUGUGUCACUGUCGUCUACGAGCUGUUCCUCAUCUUCAUCCUGUUCCAGACGGUGCAUGAUGGACGACAGUUCAUGAAGUACAUCGACCCCAAGCUUGGGGUGCCCCUGCCUGAGCGCGACUAUGGAGGAAACUGCCUUAUAUACGACCCUGGCAACACCACAGACCCCUUCCACAACAUCUGGGACAAGAUGGACGGCUUUGUUCCAGCUCACUUCCUGGGAUGGUACAUCAAGACGCUGAUGAUCCGCGACUGGUGGAUGUGUAUGAUAAUCAGUGUCAUGUUUGAGUUCCUGGAAUACAGCCUUGAGCACCAGUUACCCAACUUCUCAGAAUGCUGGUGGGACCAUUGGAUCAUGGAUGUGUUGGUGUGUAACGGUCUGGGGAUCUACUGUGGCAUGAAGACCCUGGCCUGGUUGUCAAUGAAACCCUACCAGUGGCAGGGCCUGUGGAACAUUCCUACAUACAAGGGGAAGAUAAAGCGCAUAGCAUUCCAGUUCACACCGUACAGUUGGGUGAAGUUUGAGUGGAAGCCCGCUUCGACAGUUCGUCGCUGGCUCGCCGUGUUAGGCAUCAUCUUUAUGUUCCUCCUGGCGGAGCUGAACACCUUCUACCUGAAGUUUGUGUUGUGGAUGCCUCCUGAACAUUACCUGGUGCUGCUCCGUCUGGUCUUUUUUGUCAACGUGGGAGGCGUAGCCAUGAGGGAAAUCUACGACUUCAUGGACGACCCGAAGUUCCACAAGAAGCUCGGCCAGCAGGCGUGGCUGGUGGCAGCAAUCACAGUGACGGAGUUCCUCAUAGUAGUCAAGUAUGACCCCAACACCAUCAUGCUGCCCAUCCCCUUCUUCAUCAUGCAGUGCUGGCUUUUAGGACUCGUCCUCAUCAUCACCUGGACCGUGUGGCGAUUCUUCAUCCGUGACAUCACACUCCGUUACAAAGAGACCCGUCGACGCAAACAGGAAGUCCCCGCGGACCGUCCCCUGGGCAACGGCAGCACAGCCACCCCAUCUGGACGGAGCAAGCUGAACGGCAGCUCUGAGACGGUGCGGCAGAGGAAGUCCUGAGGGGAAGGUGGGGGCACAAGAUGCACUCGGUUGGUCGGCAGCAGCUGGAGGUGAAACAUCAAGGUUUGAUGGGAAAAAAAUGAGUAGACUGAAGAAGAAUCAUGACACCAAGACACACGUAGAGGCAAACAAAUGGACACUGAGACUUUUUUUGUGCCUACAAGUAGUCAUUUAACAGAAGCGAAGGGGCAAUUUUCAUUUGGUGCAUUGUGUAGUUUUUGUCUUAUAACAGGGAUUUACCUCAUUCUAUUUUUUAUUAUAAGAACAAGAACAUUCGGGGAAUUGUACACAGGACAAGUUACAUCUUUGUGUUAUUUAUACAUUACUCUGGCUGUUGGGUGGUGUGUGGAAAAAGGCUGAAUGAAAAAAGAGGUAUAAUUGUGGGAGGAGGGAAAGCAGGACCAAGUGAGAGGGAGCUAGACUGUUGAGCAAUAACUGACAACGGUUUCAAUUUUCUCAGCUGCACUUUGUCUUAGAAAACAAGAGAUGUGCAACAGGAACGCGUCCGCCACUGUAAAUACGCUUUUUUUUGUUUUGUGCAGUCGCAUCAGUGCAGGUGAGGAAAAAGGAGAGUAUCUGGAGCAGUGAUGAGUUUCUGUUAGGCAAGUGAUGUUCAAUAUCAACAUGGGAGUUGGGUUGAAAUGAAGCUCGGUUAAUAAGGACACAUUUGUGUUAGAUUCGGU